AGCUUAUACUACUUCUGGUACUACUCUCUGGCGAGCGCCAGACUCUGUCGGAAGGUUGUUCUCUCUCGCGUUCACGCGUUGUCAAAAGGUGUCUGCCAUUUAUACUAAUUUUCUAAAUCCCAUUCGAACAAAUUCAUUAAAUUUAUAUAAGCUAUUGUUGGAGCCGUGAAGCGUCGAGGUGGCAAAUUUUCGAAGCAAGUGUCGCGUUAUCGAGUGUUAGAAGUGCGUUGAAAGAGUGACAGCUGAGAAAGAUUGGCAGGCGUUGCAGCUGAUUGACCGCACAGCGGGAAAAAGUCAAUUCAGGAUAAUAGGGCAAAGCAGAAGCAGAACAGCCACAGGACGCUAGAAACAUCACACUCAGUAAGGUCGUGAACGCAAGCAGAAGAUUUUGGAUGAGGCAACUAAUAAGACCGACAGGAUUAAAAGGCUCGCGAGGAUGGUGGGUAGCGUGCCUAGCGGCUGGAUGAGGCGGCUCCUGCUGUUCCUCGUCUUGGUAACCGGAGUCCUGCUCAUUGCCAUGUUCGCCCACUCACCGCCUCUUGGCUCCCUUCAGCCGUUUGCCGUUCGCAGUUUUGAAGAAGUGCGACGAAGUGGAGUGAGUUUAGUUAUCGGUGACGACGAUAUGAAAAUCUCAGAAAAUGCCAUUUACGAACAUUUGUCAUCGGAAGCUGGAACAUUCCAGAGUCCUUGGUCAUGGGCAUGUGUGUCUGGUCGCUGCGAGCGUCGUGCGGUACGAAGUUCACGCAUCUCUUUGGCCACGUGCACUGCCAUGUGUGGAGGUAGCGGUCGAUUACUGUGGCCGCGACCCACGGGACUCGUUGAUCUUGGACCCGACAAUCUCAUCUUUCACUGGCAGCAGCUUGAACUCAUCACUGUCAAUACCGCUAGCCAAGACGUCAAGGAUAUGCUCGAACAAGCUAAAGAAGUUUUUCUAGGACACAUAAGAAACUUAAUAAAAACACCAAAUUCAAAGACUCGCUCGUCAGUGGAUAGCUUGAUAAUUUACUUAAGUGCUGGUGAUGCUCGGGAUGCUCGAUUACACGUAGACACCGAAGAGUCCUACCGUCUUCAAGUACUUACUAUUGAAAAACGUCUAGAGGUGCGAAUAACUGGCAAAUCAUAUUACGGCGUACGCCACGGACUCGAGACCCUCUCGCAGAUGAUAUGGUGGGAUGAAAAUUGUGGCAAGCAGGGUUGCCUGCGUAUUAUCUCGCAAGCGACGAUCGAAGACAGGCCAGCUUUUGCCUACCGAGGUCUCCUAGUUGACACUGGCAGGCAAUUUUUCAGCCUCGAUCAGCUGAAACGUGUUAUAGAUGGUAUGUCCGCCUCGAAGCUAAACACGUUCCACUGGCACUUGACCGACUCGCAAAGUUUCCCCUAUGACUCGGCGCAGUUCCCCGAGAUGGCGAGAUGGGGCGCCUACAGCGGCGACGAGGUAUACACACCUGACGACGUCAAGGAGCUUGCCAAUUACGCGAGGAUACGCGGCGUUAGAGUACUCAUAGAGAUUGAUUCGCCAGCGCAUGCCGGAGCUGGAUGGCAGUGGGGGGUCGAGCAUGGCUUAGGCGAACUGGCGUUGUGUGUCGACCAACAGCCAUGGUCGGCAUACUGCGGCGAGCCAAAUUGUGGUCAGCUUAAUCCUAUUAACGAGAAUUCCUACAAGAUUCUCGAGGGCUUGUAUCGCGAGCUUCUCGAUCUCACGGAACUUCGUGAUAUCGUACACAUGGGCGGCGAUGAAGUUAAUCUCGACUGUUGGGCUCAAUAUAGCAAUAUCAGUGUAGCCAUGCAAUCCCUUAAUAUGACUGACUAUCAUGUGCUGUGGGCUGAUUUUGAGAGGAAGCUCCACUUGCGAAUUAUAAGAGCAAAUCGUGGUAAGGCGCCGAAAGCAGUAAUACUUUGGAGCUCACCCUUAACAAAACGACCAUACGCCAAUCAAUAUCUCGAUACAUCGGUACACGUAAUUCAGUCGUGGGGUGGCAGCAACUGGCCGGACACACCAGAUCUUCUCGAGGAUGGUUUCCGCGUGAUUUUGUCGCAUGUUGACGCUUGGUACCUGGAUUGCGGCUUCGGUAGAUGGCGUGAGACUGGCGAGGCUGCCUGUGGUGAAUAUCGUACCUGGCAGACAGUCUACAAUCAUCGACCUUGGCGAGAUUAUCCAACGCAACAUCAGCGAUUGGUAAUCGGUGGAGAAGCCGCUAUUUGGAGCGAACAGCUGGGUCAAGCUUCCCUGGGACCUCGACUAUGGCCCAGGGCAUCUGCGCUUGCCGAGCGACUUUGGAGCGACCCACCUACAAACGGCUACGCGAUAGAUGAGAAUGUGUAUACGAGAUUAUCGACGCACAUAGAGUUAUUGCGUUCAAGAGGUGUCCGAACUGAAGCCAUGUGGCCGCAUUGGUGCACCCUCAACCCUGGAAAAUGCCUUUGACCUAACUGGAAGAUGAAUCGAAGUUAAUUCCUUUAUUCUUAACCAGAUAGCUUUCGCAAUUACCUCCUUCAUUUGUACUUCACUAAACAGGUGAUUAUUGCCACAAACAGCUCUUCUUUUCGUUGAAGUUGCCAACGCUCUUGAUGAUUUUUCUUUUUAAUCAUUGCUUCGCGCGAUAUGAUAAAUCUCAUUUCUCACAUCGUAUCUCGUGAGAUGUUCUUACGUGGUAUUUCUUGUCAUUCGUUUGAAAGUGUAAGCAGUUUCGGUACGCCGUAACCUUUCUAUCUUAAAAUUCAUUUUUGUAGAAGUAUUGGUGGUGCUUGCUUGCUGAUACCAGCGCACCUUCAAUAUCAGUGUUGUUUCUAAACGUUAAACUGAAAGAGAAAUAUUAAAAACACCAAUAUAAUAUUGCUGGCAUGAAUAAACGAACACACUCCUCUAGUAACGACAAGAAAAGUAAUAUCUCACGGAAGCUUAUUGUAACUACAAAAGAGGUUCGCCCUUUGUCAGUUUAACUGAUUCAGUAAAGAAUACGGCGGCUGAUAUCUGAUGAUAGCACACCAGUAAAAUUCAUAUUUGAUUAUUUGGAUGCUGUUCCGCGUACCCGCAAGACGAUAAAAGCUGCGGAGUACGUAGAAAACUUGCCAAGUUCUACUAGAAAAUAAAGAAAGUUAAUAGACGAAUACGUAGUAUUUGCGAAUGUAAUGCUUGAUUCCACUUUCCAGCGAUCGGUCCUUCGACACUCUUAUUGACUGAGAUACGAUAUAUACUGAUGUAAUUGAGUUCAACAUGAAUGUACAUGUUAUAUGUUAUAAACCAAUAUUAAACACUGGUAGAUCUUUAAAUCAUAUUUUACAUAGUUUUAUACGUAACGAUCAGUUACUAUUUCAAUUUGUGCUAUUCAGUAUUUAUACAUUUUCAAACUGCUUUUAUCUUCUGGUAAGUUACUAAGUUAGAUUUUCUUGUUAUUCUUCAUGAUGAAAAGGUUGACACUAUACAGCUAACAUCUAUUACUUUUCGAUGCUUAACAGCUUGAAUGGUGUCCACGGUGUCUUAAACUCAUUAAAACAAUCCACCAGUGAAUAAAAUUGGUUCCACUAAGGAGUAACGAAACGAAAUCAGAUAGCGUGUCAAAAAAUAAAUUAAUAAAACACGAUUAUAUGAUGCAACAGUUUGACACAGAUAACUUCGGUUAGUUUCGUUCCAAGUGCCUUUUCAAAUUUUCAGUUAAAUAAAAUGAUAAAUUAACUCCUCAAUGGAGUACGAGCAGUAUUGCCGUUCCUAAUUGCUCGACUAGUGGAAAAACUAUAUCAAAGCGUAUAUACAAUUUAUAUACUCCAAUUGACUAAAACAGUAUUGCAUCUAUGUAUUCUAUAUGGUACGUAAGUCGUAAGUGGUGGCUAGGUAAUUCAUGCAUUAUAUCAAUUGAAAAAAGAACAUUGGUUUUAGAUCCUAAAAAGUCUUAUACAAGUAUUCUGUUUAGUGCAUUAGAAUUUGUUGCAGCACACUCCAAGUACAGACAUUAAAAUUAUCUUAGGAGAAAUCAAAUGAUUUAUAAUAAGUAGUUUAUUUAGUUGCAAGAAAUAUCUUUAGCUAUUUCCGUGAUACAACUACAGUAAUAAAGCGAUGACGAGCAUUAAUGAAUUACAGUGAGUCAAUUACAUAAAUGAAAGAAGUAUGAUUUUGAACGAGCUGAAGAAAUACUCAAUUAUCAUUUUAACUGACACUUCAUAGUCGUAAUUAAACUAAAAAUGUUUGUUCGAUUAAAAUUUAUCAUUAAAACAUUAAUCUCAAGACUUUCAGAUUUUAAUUAGCAUAUAUUGAAAGAUUAAUGACUUGUUCAUUAAUGUCGAAGAUGCCUCACACUUGGUCAUAAAAAUACAUUUUACCAAGAUGGAUCCCAUUUUUCAUAAAAAUUUGAAACAUGUUUUAUUUGUUAAUAUCUUGAUGCAAAUCAUAUUGUGUAAUCGCUUCAUGAAUACUUCUGAUACGUAACGUUUAGGUUUCUAUUGUGCAAUCGGUAAUUUGAUUGCCAAAAAAAUGACUUGUAUCUAAGUCACGUAUAUUUAGAAUAAGAGCAAAACACAUUAACGAUAAUUAAUAUGCUAAACGCAUCACUGACCAUUUGCAACAAUAUUUUAUGUACUUGCGGUACUUAUCACGCGCACUAUUGCUAUAGAUUUUCAUACAUUAGAAUCACAUACAAUAACAAUGCAGAAAUAUAGCGAUUUACAAAGAAAAUCAUCAAACUUCAUCUUCUCGCCUUCCAUGGUUAUGUGUAAAAUAAAUCUUGUUCUCGAUGAUUAUAAACCGAUACGUUGUAUUUUAUUUUGCCAUAUUCGUUGAUUAGAUUUGUCAACCUCUCCAAAUAAGCUUCUCAACUAGCUAUUGACGAACUUAUUUUGAGAUGACAAGACGCUUUUCCAAUUGUUGAACUCAACUAUUGUUUCUAAUGAGGUUGACAAAUCUAGUCAACGAAUACAAUAGUGGUCUUAAAAUAAAGUACAACGUAUUCGCCUACAGUGAUCGAGUACAUGAUUUAGUUAACAAAAAAAAUGUUCAAUUCAGAGACCUCAGAAACUUGCUUAAGCAAAUGUUGUCGGAUGAAAUAGAUUUCAAAUAAAAAUACGCAUAAAUUUAUCAUUACAAAAUACUGUGUAUAAAAAGUCUGCAAAAUAAAUACUAAAUGUAAAAUAUUAUUCAGAAGCAUAGAUUUAAUUGUUAAUAAUAAAUUAAUGCGUAUAUUUUUUGGAAUCUUCAGCCAACUGACCUCUGCCGGUCUUUCGCAAACAGGCCUAUGAUAUCAAUUACAGUUACUAAGUAACUCGAGCGUUUGUUGUUAACAACAAAGCAAUAGAACAUUCAAUUCCAUAUUCAUUCAGCAAAUCUAACAAAAUUGUGUGUGUCUUUUGAGAAAGAUCUCUGUCGUUUAUUUGAGCAUUUACCAAUCAGAAAUGUAUACCCUGAUGCUGUUAUCAAUAACUGAAGUCAAUAGUGGUUGAAAAUGUCAAACUGCCUUGACACAUGCCAUUUGAUAUCGCAAAGUUUUUUGAAAGUUAUAAGAGCUUUGUCUCUCAAAGUAAAUGAAAUUGUUACGUCGCGCUUAUCGACGGACUUCAAACGAUGUCAGAUUUUAUCGCAAAAGAUGUUAUCUUUCGUAUGAGCACUUGUAAGAGUAGAAAUUCAUUGCUAUAGUUUUCGUUCAAUGUUUAUGUAUAUACGUGCGAAAAAAGAAAUUACGUGAUUAGUAAAAGUAUAAAAGUAAAAACUUUGUUGUGAACAAUGAAUUAACAAGAUAUAACACGAGAAGAUUUUUAUCGCAUAGUAAAACUUACCGAGUACUUUUUAUUUAUAAUGUAUUCAAACAUUGUCGUUAAUAAAUUUA